AUGGCGGGCACGGCUCCCCCCGCAGGUGCCCCCGAGCACCCGUUCACCUGCCGGGAGUGCGGCAAAUCCUUCCGCUGGUCCUCGCGCCUGGCGCAUCACCUGCGCAGCCACACAGGUGAGCGGCCGUACACCUGCGCCACGUGCGGCAAGAGCUUCACGCACUCGUCCAACCUGCACCUGCACCGGCGCACGCACUCGGCGGCGCGGCCCUUCCGCUGCCCCACCUGCCCCAAGGCUUUCGUCAUGGCCGCUUACCUGCAGCGGCACCUGCGCACUCACGGCCCCGCCCCUCGCCGCUCACCUGGCGCCGCACCUGCGCCGCCGCCCGCCGCGUACCUGCUGCUGCCCGCGCCGCAGGGGCUGCGCAUCCUGCCCGCCCCCGGCCCCUCCCCCCAGGUCACCAAUGUCCAGGUGCAGGGCGGUGAGGUGACAGGUGCCACAGGGGUCACAGGUGUCACAGGUGUAGGUGUCACGGGUGUGACAGGUGUGACAGGUGUCACAGGGGUGCAGCUCCAGGUGCUGCCGGUGCCCUCAGAGGUGACCAAUGUCCAGCUCCAGCCGUUGUCAUCACCGGAAGUGACCAAUGUCCAGCUCCAGGCCCUGCCACCACCACCGGAAGUGACCAAUGUCCAGCUCCAGGUGUUGCCACCACCUCCAGGUGUCACCAGUGUCCAGCUCCAGGCCCUCCCGCUGACCUCAGGUGUCACCAAUGUCCAGCUCCAGGUGUUGCCACCACCUGAGGUCACCAACGUCCAGCUCCAGGUGUUGCCACCACCACCUGAGGUGACCAAUGUCCACCUGGAGACAAUGGAGGAGGUGCCCGGUGCCCACCUGGACAUGUCAGAGGUGCCCAGUGCCCACCUGGAGACAUCGGAAGUGCCCAGUGUCCACCUGGAGGUGCCCAGUGUCCACCUGGAGGUGCCCAGUGCACACCUGGACAUGUCAGAGGUGCCCAGUGCCCACCUGGAGACCACGGAGGUGACCGAUGUCCACCUGGAGGUGCCCAGUGCCCACCUGGAGACCACUGAGGAGGUGCCCAGUGCUCACCUGGACACUUUAGAAAUGACCACUGUCCACCUGGAGGUGCCCAGUGCCCACCUGGAGGUGCCCAAUGUCCACCUGGACACAUCAAAUGUGCCCAGUGCCCACCUGGAGUCCACAGAGGUACACCUGGAACCCCCCUAG